AUGUGUAGUUAUAUUCAAGGUGGCCUACUAAUCAUCACUCUUAUAAGCAACACACAAACGUCGACAACUGUCGACAAACCAAUACAAAAUAAACUUAAAACGAAUGCUAGCCUCUACAACGAAUCUAAUGCAAUAAACAAAACUCUAAACCAAAUAAAGAAAAUACAAAACACUACAAAAGAACCGAACAAAGAAUGGAAGUUCGAAGACUACAUGAAGAAAUUCGAACCGGCAACCAUAUGGGAGCAAAUAGACAAACAAAAGAAGUACAAUGGCUUAGUCCUUACUGACGAAGAACAAUCUGAAAUUAUGUUCCAAGGCAUGGACCCUACAGACGAACUUAUGGAACUGAAGAUUGAAAAUGGAGACCCCAAGAUAAUACUCGAAAACGACGGCAGACGAGGGUGGAAGCCCCCUAGAGGCGCAAGCCGGUAUAAAAGAGACAGGUUCUAUCUUAGAAGACGAAUGUACGAGCUGAUGAAGCAAGCAAUAUACCAGACGCGAAACAAAAUGGUCGUGAUGCAGGUCCAAAGGGACAAGUACUCCAAUUCUUCGCUUUAUAAGAUGGGGUUCUUGAUGAAUAAGGCUGAUAAUGCUGCCAAAACGUUUGGCAAGUUUUCGUUUCGAGCUUUCAGGGGCUGCUUGCUUUCUAGAGAGAAGGUUUCGUACAGGAUGCCGUUGUUUGACCUUCUGACUACGAAUGAGAGGCAGCUGAGCCUGUGGUUCAGCGUGGAGAUCCUAGCAGACCUGAUCAAGAAGAACGACGAGAUUUGCAAGGCAAUCUUCAAGAAUCAAACCGAGAAGAGAAUAGAGACGUUCGACGAAAGGUUCAUCAAUUAACUCUCUUUGUUGUAUUAUUGUAUUUAUUGC